AUGGACGACGAGCUAGAACAGAUCCGAAAGGCUCGUCUCGAGCAGCUCAAGGCGAGCGGUGGUGGUAGCAGCAAGGGCCGGCAGCAGGCAGACCAAGAGCAGCAACAGCGGCAACAACAAGCCGAGGCGCGAAAGGCGAUGCUCGAUCAGAUUCUACACCCCGAGGCGGCGGAUCGGCUAGGUCGAAUUCGGAUGGUCAAGGAGUCGCGGGCGACCGAAAUUGAGAAUCGGCUGAUCAUGUUGGCGCAGACGGGCCAGCUGAGGCAGAAAGUUACCGAGGAGCAGCUCAAGGAGUUGUUGAACGCCGUGGCCGAUAAUAAAGAAGAGCAGAAGAUUGUCGUGACUAGGCGGAAGGUGUGGGAUGAUGACGAUGAUCUAUUGGAUCUAUGA